AUGACCGGUUUGGCGGGGAUCGUUGCCUACCUCGGUGCAAUGGUCGCGGCCGGAGCGAUCAAGCGGCACUCGGGGGACCUUUUCGCCCAUUGCGGGUUGGACGCCGUGUUCCACUACACCACCUGGGGUGUCUGGAUCUCCGUAGCCCUGGUUCGCGUGUACCGGAGUUGGAAGAUCCUCAUCAAGCACUCGGUGGAAAUGUGGCCGCCGUGGGCCCAGGUGUUGCUGCUGACAGUCCCGUGGUGCAUUCCCGCCGUGGCGUACACCAUCGACGACCACCUGUCCCGGUUCAACGAAGUGCGGAACUGGUGUGAGAUCUACCGGCCGAUCGACACCUUCACCUAUAUAUUGGGGUCCUCCCUGAUCGCUAGCGCCUUCGUGCUGGUGUACCAGAUGCGAAAAGUCCGCAAGCAGAUGAACGAGUACCGCCUACAGGUUUUCCAGCUGGCGUUCCUGCUCUUGACCGGCAGUGUGGUCUUCCCGCUCCAGCACCUCUUGCUCGACAAUAAACACGGGAUCCGGAGGAUCUGGGUCCUUUACCACAACUUCUUGGACUCUUUGGUCCUCUUCUGGCCGCCGAUAGCCGAGCCCAUGUACCGGUACCUCACGGGAGACGUCGACUACCUCAACAGCUACACCCAAGGCUUCUCCACGCUCCCGACACCGGCUCAGAUGAAGGGCUCGUUGCGUGAUCAGCUCUCCCUCGACGAGCUCCGAACGGAGUUCCAGAAGUUCGCCGAGAACAGGAUGGCUAGAGAGCUGCCAGAAUUCUACCAGGCGUGUCUCGACCGGGAUGAGAUCGAAGACUUUUUCGGCAGACAGGCAGCUACCACCGCCAUCAUCGAUAGGUUUAUUCGAUCCGGAUCGGAACAAGAGCUCAACAUCAGCGAUCGCAUCAGGAACAAAAUUCUACUCACCGAAAUCACGAGCUACAACAUCUUCAACGAAGCCAUGUCUGUGGCGGUGACAAUGAUGGACACCAACUUUAGCGCGGCAUUCAAGCGGAGCGAGGCCUACAAGCAGCUCGAGAGGAAUGUCCGAGACGAGGCGGAGGAGUUGGAGAGGCUCAGGAAGAUGAACCAGUUGCCGCCCAAGAAUCACGUCCCGACAGAGCCGAAGGGGCUUGUGAAGGUAUUUCGGCGGUUCUUUCCCCCGCCUCCCGGUGAGGCUUCUCUCAUAUCGAGUUCAUCGCGCUCGGGCGGGAGCUCCGUGGGAGGGAGGGAGGGCUCCACGACGUCUUCUCAUCCUAGCGCUACUACGGAAUGUACUACCAGGAUGAGCAUGAAGAUGAUGAGCAGCCACAGCCUCUUGCGGCCCGAAAGCGGGGGGCAUGCAGGGGCAGGUGCGGCGGUGAGGGGAGACGAAAGCGAUCUCGACGUGUGACGUGGGGUCAUGCGGUGUACUGCAUGAAUGCCGGGUUAGGACAAACAAACUCAACCUGUGAUGACACCCAAUCUGCCAACGAGGCCUGUUUUUCGGGGGCCAUAGGAGACAAGACGUUUUGGGGGGAACAGACGGAGGCGGUUUUUCGCGGACAACGGAGGCAUUGUUCAUGUGACGGAAGGAGGCGUUUUCUCGGGGGUCAAAUGAGGCGUCUUGUACGGGACGGAAGGAGGCAGUUUUUGGGGGUCAAAUGAGGCGUCUUGUACGGGACGGAAUGAGGCGUUUUCUCGGGGGCCAAAUGAGGCGUCUUGUACGGGACGGAAUUUGGCAUUUAUUAAGGAGACGGAAUUAAGCUUUUUGUAGGGGAUGGAAUGAGGCGUUUCAGGGGGACGGAAGGAGGCGUUUUCAGGAUAUGGAAGGAGGCGGAAGGGAGUCAGUCCAGCAGUGUAUUGGGAGGACGGAGAGGGAAAUGUUUUGCCGUCGAUGAAUCAGUUUUAGAGUGUGACCGGGCGAAGGACUGUGUUUCCGGCUCGCGCUGGUAUUGCCGUUGCCUGGCGUGUGGUAGACGCGGUGUUUAGUUCAUGGUUGCACCGGUUGUUGAGUAGAGUGGCGUUGUGUUCGCGCCAGGGACCAGCAAGGUCGCUCCGCUUCUCGCUAUGAACAUUGAACGGUUAUUUGUUGCAUAUGUUUUGUUUUUUUGUUUCAGAAAUAUUGCUUAUCUUACAUCCAUAGACGAGCUUGUGGGUAAUUUUUCUUCUGUAGUGUUGCACGCGACAACAACAUAAGGGCCGCGGCUAGAUCGUCAAUUCCCCGGCAGAAACUGAGAGAUUUUUUUAAUCGAAGGUGUUUCUGGUCCGAGCGCAGGUAGCACGAUUCACGGAUAUGGCGGCCCACGGUUCAGUUUUGUUGGAUGGAUGACCGACCGUACGGUAUGAAAACGGCUUCCUGGAGGAUCGGCGAUUUGUGAUGUACACGUACGUUGGUAUGGGAAUAAUUUCAUUGUUUUGUUUGAGUGUUUUUUGCGCGAUUGUCGAGAAUGUUGCCAGGUAAAGCAGUAAAUCAUACCAAAGCGUUACCUUUGUCCCUUCUCGCAGACUCUGGUUGCUCGAUUCGGGAAUAGAACUUUCCCGCACCGAGUGUGAGCUUGGGCGUCGAUUGCGAAGGUUGGCCCUCUGUUUCGUUCGUUGGUUCUGCUUCUCCCGGCCGGAUAGUAACCCGUACCGUAUUGUGUUUGUGUUUUCCGUGGUACGGGUGUCGGCGAGUCGCCGGGCGUGGCUUGUUUUCUUCUCGCCUUUUUCCUCUUGUGCUCAUCGGGCUGGCCACACGUGGGGUUAGGGUUGGCGCUAGGGUUAGCGACCCUCAACUUGUUGUCCGCAUCAUCCCUCCUUCGGCAUUGUUGCGGAUGAUGUCGUAGUGCCACUCACUAUGUAGACAAACAUCAUGGUGUCGAAAAUGUUGAUGCGCACCCUCUUUGGUGUCUGUGUUGUAGAGCUGCGAUUUGGAGCCGCCGGAAAUUACGAGAAAGAGACAGCGAAACGGGGUUUUGACGUCGUUUUGAUGAUGUGAAGGAUAGCUGUGUGCUCGAUAGACGUCUUUAGGCGUGUGGCCACUUCGUUGUCAUUGUUGUUGUGAAUAUAUGUUUUUGCCCAAAACUUGUCCUUCGUUUGUUAUACCUUCCACAAACUGCGCUCGUGGGGGCGUACGUAUUUAUACCAUACCCGGUGUUUUUUGCAGUUUCGCGGAAGCCGCUGUUUUGUCCCCGGUGUUUUUUUUUUUCGUCGAAACAGGGUAUGGAAAUUUGGUGGAGCUGGGGGCUUCUCACUCUUGUCUGAGGUCAGACCGAAAAAACUUCGCGAACGCGCCUAGAACAGACUUUGGGAGCGCAGCGGGGGGGGGGCGACGGUGCUGCUGUUGUUUCACUAUAGGUGUGAAUUUUUCGGCCUACUACAAUGGAAUCCGUCGUCGAGCCCCCAGAGGCAAUCAAUUUAUGGUCUUGUGUCGUAUGCGGGAGUAGGCGUUUUGGUCCGGGGAUGGUCUGUUGGUAUCCCCUCCCUCGAGAUGGAGAUGAGAGCUGUGUGCGGGCCAUCGGUAGGUGGCUGCAUCACCCUGGCUGGUGCGAGAUGUAACGUAAGUUGUUGUUUGGUGGUGGUUCGAGAAUGUUGUGACGUUAUGUAUAUCCAGGCGCGGAAGUCUGUAGUAUUCACACCGGAUAUUUGUUUCAAGUGGCUUGCCGUAAGGUGUAUGUAUAUGGGGGGCAGCAUUCGGCGGGACCGACAUUCCCUCGAGGACUCUCUGUGAUGAAGGAGGGGGGGGAGACUUAGCCGUGACAUGAUUGAUGCUUCGUGCGUGUCCUCAGCGCUCCUCACGUUGUGUCGCUUGUGAAUCCGUCAUCCACCCCAGGUUGGGUGAGGUACAGGUACAGGUAUAGGUACGUGUAGGCAACAAGCUUGGUGUAGGAGUAACAUUACCGGUGCUGCUUGCGACCUGUGGCAGAUAGAUAGCUGAUGACCGAUGUUCGCUGCGUGAGACCUUUGGCAGAGAGCUGGACUGCUGUGGCUCUUGGAUAUUCCAGCGUCGGUGUUCGGCGUGCGCACCCAGUUUUCUGGUUGUCUUGUUCUUAUUUCGCGGUUGUCUUGGCAUGAACCAAAAUAAUAUCGUUGUUUUGACCUGUU